AUGGCAACUGUGAUUAUUGUUGGUGGCCCUGCAGGAACGGGAAAGACUACCAUUGCAUCCUUGUUGGCUGAGCACCACAAGUGUCCUUUCAUUGAAGGUGACAAUUUGCAUCCAAAAGAAAAUGUCGAUAAGAUGGCCCGUGGAGAGCCUCUCACUGACGAUGAUAGAUGGGGAUGGUUGCAAACCCUUGCUGAGACUGCUGCUGCACUGGCCAAAGACCCAAAAAACGCAUCACAAGUGGCUAUUGCUUCGUGCUCCAUGUUGAAGAAGGUGUACCGAGACUUUCUCGAGAGGAGUGCUGGAGAAGGAGUCACAUUCCGGUUUGUAUUCUUGCACACUCAUUACGACGAGUUAUUGAAGCGUGUUUCAAAUAGACAGGGUCAUUACAUGAAGUCAGACAUGGUGAAGUCUCAGUAUGAUAUCAUGGAAGUUCCAAGUGGAGAUGAGUUAUUGGUGAAUGGUGGAGAGGCUUUGGAAGUCGACACAACUGACAAGGAGCCAGAAAAUAUUUUGAAGGAGAUCUUAACUACUUUGGAUAAGUAA